CACACUGACAUAGAAAUACGCAUCAUGCUAACACGACUGGUGUUCGUUCUGCUCUUAGCAGCUUAUGCCUAUGCAUGUGGCGCUCCAGAGAUCGAGCCACUCCCGGGCAGAGUGGUGAACGGAGAAGAAGCCAGGCCUCACAGCUGGCCCUGGCAGAUCUCGCUCCAGUAUAAACAUGGCAGCCGCUGGUAUCAUACCUGUGGUGGGACUCUAAUCGAUCCACGCUGGGUUUUGACAGCUGGACACUGCAUUUUCUCAGGUGAUAUUUAUCGCAUUGUCCUGGGAAAGCAUGACCUCAGCGUGCAGGAGGACACGGAGCAGAUCAGAGACAUCCUCCGCAUCGUCGUCCAUCCUAAAUGGAACAUCGAGUGCGUGGCAUGCGGUAAUGACAUUGCUCUGUUGAAGCUGGAUAAAGCUCCAAUUCUCAGUGCGAGCGUUCAGACGGCCUGCGUUCCUCCUGCUGGAGAAAUCCUGCCCCAUGACACGCCCUGCUAUGUCUCCGGCUGGGGCGACCUCUACACCCAUGGCCCCAUACCUGAUAAGCUGCAGCAGGCCAUGUUGCCGGUGGUGGAGUACAGUGUGUGUAGUCAGAGCGACUGGUGGGGCAAGAAUGUGAAACCCACCAUGGUGUGUGCAGGAGGAGACGUUCGUGCUAGCUGCCAGGGAGACUCUGGAGGUCCUCUGAACUGUAAGGGGAAAGAUGGUAAAUGGUAUGUUCAGGGCGUCACCAGUUUUGUGUCGUCCACCAAUUGUAAUGAACUGAAGAAACCUACAGUGUUCACACGCACAUCCGCCUUCAACGACUGGCUGGAUGAGGUCAUGCUUAAGUACUGAGAAUCUCUCAUGGAUCACUGGACGACUGGCGAGAGAGAAUAUCAAACCCAUUCAGUAUGUGAACUAACCCCUUAAUAAACCCAUUAUUCAGUGCUGCA